UAUAUCACAGCAUGUCUAAGCUGAGCUGUCACAGUGUCAGCGCGUUUCAGACCAGGGAGAACACUUUGGCACUGCUUUGCGUCUAAGAGUCUGCUGUGAUGGGGGAGAGAGGGCUGCUCAUCCUUCUGCUUGCAGGGUUUUGUGUGCCUGCGUACAACCAGAUCAGAAAACACGUGUUUGUGGAAACUAAGAAGAGUUGGUCUGAAGCUCAGAGGUACUGUAGAGAGAAGCACACAGACCUGGCCACUGUGCGCAGCCAGGAAGAAGCAAAGCAGCUCUUAAAUAUUACAGGAGCUUCUCUCUGGGGUUCCUGGAUCGGGCUGUAUCGUGAUGACACACAGAACUGGCAGUGGUCUAACAGCGAUGAUGUCAUCUACUCCAACUGGAGGGCAGACGUCUUCUGUGCUUCAGUCAAUUCAGACGGAAAGUGGACUGAUUUACCCUGCAACCUUCAGGAAGCCUUCAUGUGCUACAAAGAGACCAGCAACAUAACUGAGAGAUACACCCUGAUUGAAGAACUGAAAACCUGGACUGAAGCUCAGCAGUACUGUAGAGAACACCACACCGACCUCGUCAGUAUAAAGAACGCCAGUGAAAAUGAAGACCUAGUGAAGAAAGCGCAGGGCAAGCCCUUCUGGAUAGGCCUGUUCAAUGAGCCCUGGAAGUGGUCACACCAGGGGGAUAACUACACAUUUCACAACUGGAACUAUGGGGAACCAAACAAUAGGGGAGGGGUUGAGAACUGUGUGAUGAUGAGUAAGACUGGUGAAUGGACUGACACUGGCUGCAAUUAUCAGAACUCCUUCUUCUGCUGUGAGGGCGGCUCCUCUGGUCAGUGUUUCUAUGAAGAAACUAAGAAGACAUGGCAGGAAGCUCAGAGCUACUGCAGAAACCAAGUGUUGUUGUGA